CCGCGUCAACGUCUCGGCACGUCCCGCUCGCGGCGCGGGCCACGCACGUCCCUGCACUUAACCUCUGCCCGCCCGGUGCGAAGUUAAAGGCCCGGGCGGCGCGCACUCCUAGCGGCGGGGAGCCGAGGCGGGAGCCCGAGUCUGCAGCUGCAGCCCAGCCAAGCAUGACUUGCUACCGGGGCUUCCUCCUGGGCAGCUGUCGUCGCGUGGCGGGCGGCCGGGCGGCGCUGCGGGGGCCGGGCGCGGGAGGCCCCGCCGCGCAGCCCCGGCUCGGCGGUGACGGCGGCCGGCGACACCUGGGGCACGGGCAGGCGCGCGAGCUGGCGGGCUGCGGCAGCCGCCCCGACGGCGGCUUCCGCCCCUCGCGCGUGGUGGUGGUGGCCAAAACCACCCGGUACGAGUUCGAGCAGCAGCGGUACCGCUACGCGGAGCUCUCCGAGGAGGACCUGAAGCAGCUGCUUGCACUGAAAGGCUCUAGCUACAGUGGACUACUUGAACGACAUCAUAUUCAUACCAAAAAUGUGGAACACAUUAUAGAUAGUUUACGGAAAGAGGGAAUUGAGGUUCGUCUAGUAAAGAGGAGAGACUAUGACGAAGAGACUGUUCAAUGGGCAGAUGCUGUCAUAGCUGCAGGAGGUGAUGGCACAAUGCUUCUGGCAGCAAGUAAAGUCUUGGACAGACUUAAACCAGUUAUAGGGGUAAACACUGAUCCAGAACGGUCUGAGGGUCAUUUGUGUCUGCCUGUUCGGUAUACACAUUCCUUCCCAGAAGCCUUACAGAAGUUCUAUUGUGGUGAGUUCAGGUGGCUGUGGAGGCAGCGUAUCAGGCUGUGCCUUGAAGGGACCGGCAUAAACCCCAUUCCUGUGGAUCUUCAUGAACAGCAACUAAGUUUGAAUCAGCAUAGUCGAGCCUUCAACAUUGAAAGGGUUGAUGAUGAAAGGUCUGAGGCUUCAGGACCCCAGCUUUUGCCAGUGAGAGCACUAAAUGAAGUCUUCAUUGGAGAGAGUCUGUCUUCCAGAAUGUCUUAUUCUUGGGCUGUAGCAGUGGACAAUUUAAGAAGAAGUGUACCCACUCUAAAGGGACUGGCUUCCUACUAUGAAAUUUCAGUUGAUGACGGCCCAUGGGAAAAACAGAAGAGUUCUGGGCUCAAUUUGUGUACAGGAACAGGAUCAAAAGCCUGGUCAUUCAAUAUUAACAGGGUUGCAACUCAGGCUGUAGAAGAUGUUUUAAAUAUUGCGAAACGACAAGGACAUUUGAAUCUUCCGUUGAGCAGAGAAUUGGUAGAGAAAGUAACAAAUGAAUAUAAUGAAUCACUGCUCUACAGUCCAGAAGAACCAAAAAUACUUUUCAGUAUUCGAGAACCAAUAGCAAACAGAGUUUUCUCAAGCAGUCGUCAGCGUUGUUUCUCCUCAAAGGUUUGUGUUCGUUCUCGUUGUUGGGAUGCCUGCAUGGUUGUGGAUGGAGGAACUUCUUUUGAGUUUAAUGAUGGAGCAAUUGCUUCAAUGAUGAUCAACAAAGAAGAUGAGCUUCGAACUGUGCUUCUAGAACAGUGAAAGAUUUCCUCAAAUGACAAACUUGAAUUUCUAGAAAAAUAUUUUUACUUCAGAAGCAGUGUAUCAGUCCAUAGGCCUACAGUAUUUGUGUUAUUACUGAGAUUGAUUGCUCCUGGGCUCAAAGGUGACAAAGAAAGUGGGAUUUGCAUUACUCUUGUUACAUUCUGAUAGACAAAAGAUGUUCACUGUAUGAGAAAAUGGAUGAACUAAAUGGAUUAGAACUGAUGGCAGUGAAAUUUCUUUAUUAUUUACAUUUGGUAACCAAGAGUGUUGAUAUCUUUUUAAAUUUAGAGGCAGGCUUAAGUAAAAGGAUUAAAUGUUAGGAUUUGAAAUUUAACUAUAAAAAUGUUUGUCGUUCCCGUUCAAUGUGGGGAUACUUGUUGAUCACACACUCACUUCAAUAUGGAUAU